UUCAGAUGUUUACCUCCCAGGCUCAGGGUUCUUGAUCUUCACAGUAAUAGAAAAACAAGUAUCCCUGAAAAUGUCAUCCGUCUGGAAGCGUUGCAAGAACUCAAUCUUGCUUCCAAUUCUUUAGCCCACCUUCCUGGAUGUGAUUCCUUCAGCAGCCUCUCUGUACUGAUCAUUGACUUUAAUUCAAUUUCCAACCCAUCAGCUCAUUUCUUCCAGAGCUGCCAGAAGAUUAGGUCCAUAAAUGCAGGAAACAAUCCAUUCCAAUGUACAUGUGAGCUCAGAGAAUUUAUCCGAAGUAUAGAACAAGUUUCCAGUGAAGUGCUGGAGGGUUGGCCUGACUCUUAUAAGUGUGACUAUCCAGAAAGCUAUAAGGGAACCCUACUAAAGAACUUUCAUGUGUCUCCAUUAUCCUGCAACACAGCCCUGCUGAUUGCCACCAUUGGGGUCACUGGGCUGGUGUUGGCUGUCGCCGUGACUGUCCUCUGUGUCUAUUUCGAUCUGCCCUGGUAUCUCAGGAUGGUGUGCCAGUGGACCCAGACCCGACACAGGGCCAGGAACACAUCUUUACACGAACUCCAAAGAACUCUUCAGUUUCAUGCCUUUAUUUCGUACAGUGAACACGAUUCUGCCUGGGUGAAGAAUGAAUUACUACCAAACCUAGAAAAAGAAGAUAUACGGAUUUGUCUGCAUGAGAGAAACUUUGUUCCUGGCAAGAGCAUUGUGGAAAAUAUCAUAAACUGUAUUGAGAAAAGUUACAAGUCCAUCUUUGUUUUGUCUCCCAACUUUGUUCAGAGCGAGUGGUGCCAUUAUGAACUCUAUUUUGCCCACCACAAUCUCUUUCAUGAAGGAUCUAAUAACUUAAUUCUGAUCUU